GUUCCUACGCGGGGGCUGUUGUAGCAAUGCCACUGGCAGGAUUGUUGGUCCAGUACAAAGGCUGGUCUUCAAUCUUCUACGUCUAUGGAAUGUUUGGAAUGAUAUGGUACAUAUUCUGGCUGCUGUUUGCCUAUGAGAGCCCUGCAAAGCACCCGACAAUAACAAGGCUGGAGAGAACAUACAUCGAGACCAGUAUUGGGGAAAGGUCCAGUCUAAUCAAUGCCACACAGAAAUUCAGGACUCCCUGGUUAAAGUUCUUCACCUCCAUGCCUGUUUACGCCAUCAUUGUGGCCAAUUUUUGCAGGAGCUGGACCUUCUACCUGCUGCUCAUCAGCCAGCCUGCCUACUUUGAAGAGGUUUUUGGUUUCCCGAUCAGCAAGGUGGGCGCACUGUCGGCUGUGCCACACAUGGUGAUGACCAUCAUUGUCCCCAUCGGUGGACAAAUUGCCGACUUCCUGAGGAGCAGAAAUAUUUUCUCCACUACAACUGUCCGAAAAAUCAUGAACUGCGGAG